AUGGAGCAGCGCAGCUUCGGGGGAGAGGGGGUACGGCUCUACCUCGGCAGACUCGCCCUCGGCCACCGUGACACCCAUCACCUCCCUCCUCAUCGCCAACCGCGGCGAAAUCGCCCUCCGGAUCCACAGCACGGCGCGGCGCCUCGGCAUCCGCACCACGACCCUCUACACCGACCCGGACGCCUCCUCCCAGCAUGCCGCGUGCUCGCCGCACGCGCUCUCCUCGGCGCCGCGGCGGGCUACCUCGACGGCGACCGCAUAAUAUCGCUGGCCAAGAAGCACGGCAUCCAGGCCCUGCACCCGGGCUACGGUUUCCUGUCGGAGAAUUCGGCCUUUGCCGAAAAGUGCGAGCGGGAGGGCAUCGUGUUCGUGGGCCCGCCGGCCAAGGCCAUGGCGGAUAUGGGCGACAAGGCGCGCAGCAAGGAGAUUAUGACGGCGGCGGGCGUGCCGUGCGUGCCGGGCUAUCACGGCUCGCAGCAGGGCGAGGCGGAGCUACUCGCGCACGCGAGGGAUGUCAGGUUUCCUGUUCUGCUCAAGAGCGUCAAGGGUGGCGGGGGCAAGGGCAUGAGGAUCGUCAUGACGGAGGAGGAGUUUCCUAGGCAGUUGCAGAGCGCUAGGGCCGAGGCUAGGGCGUCCUUUGGAGAGGGUGGCGAGGUCAUGCUUGUGGAAAAGUACAUUGUCCGGCCUAGGCACGUCGAGUGUGCAGAGGAGACACCAAAGGUUCUGGAAGAGUCGCCCGCGCCCGACCUGGACGACGUCACCAGGCUCGACCUCUGGGAUAAGGCGAGGUUGGCGGCGUCGGCGGUGGGAUACGUGGGCGCCGGCACCGUCGAGUUCAUCCUCGACAAGGACACGGGCGAGUUCUACUUUAUGGAGAUGAACACCCGCCUGCAGGUCGAGCACCCCGUCAGCGAAAUGGUCACGGGCACCGACCUGGUCGAGUGGCAGUUUCGCGUGGCGGCGGGCGAGAAGCUGCCGCUGACGCAGGACGAGAUCGUGGAGCGCAUCAAGGAGCACGGCGCCGCCAUCGAGGCGAGGAUCUACGCCGAGAACCCGGACAAGGGCUUCAUGCCCGACUCGGGCAAGCUGAUCCACCUCUCGACGCCCGCGACGAGCGAGGACAUUCGCAUCGAUGCCGGCUUCGUCGAGGGCGACACCGUGUCCGAGGCCUACGACGGCAUGAUUGCCAAGCUCAUCGUGCGGGGCAAGGACAGGGAGACGGCGAUCCGCAAGAUGGAGGUGGCGCUGCGGGACUACGAAGUCGUGGGGCUGAGCACCAACAUUGAGUUUUUGAAGCGCCUGUGCCGCGAGGAGGCCUUUAUCCAGGGCGACGUCGAGACGGGCUUCAUCGACAAGUGGAGGGAGAGCUUGUUCAAGCCCACAAAGUACCCCGACGAGGUGUUUAUCCAGGCCGCGCUCGCCACCCUGACGUCCUCCUUUGCGGACGAGGGCCCCCACGGCCAGGUCCUCGGUUUCGAGGCCGCCCCGCCCACGAGCCAGAGGCAGCUGGCGUUCAAGCUCAUCACUAGCAACGAGGACCAAAAGGAAGAAAUUGUCCGCGUGUCUGUCUCGCGCGUCGGGAACCGGCUGUACAACGUCGAGGUCCUCCGCGACGACGGCCAGACCGAGCCCGCGCGCUACGACAACGUGGUGUGCGACGCCGCCGCUGCGCCGAGCAAGAGCCGCCUCACCACGUUUUUCCCCAACCAGAGGGUCGAGUCAACCGUGGUCGUGAGCCGGGACGCCGCGAGCCCGAUGCGGACGCGCCUCGCCGUGUUCCAGCACGGCACCAAGUCGGAGAUGCAGCUCCUGCCGGCGACGUGGCUGGAAAAGGCGCUCGGUACCAAGGAGUCGGCUGCGUCGGUGGUUGCGCCGAUGCCCUGCAAGAUUUUGAAGAAUGAGGUCGAGGUUGGGCAGGAGGUGAAGAAGGGGACGCCCCUUGUUGUCAUCGAGUCGAUGAAGAUGGAGACGGUGAUCCGGUCACCACAGGAUGGCGUAAUCAAGAAGCUGGCGCAUAAGGAAGGUGAUAUCUGCAAAGCGGGCACUGUUCUUGUUCUGUUUGAAGAGGCGCCGGUGGCCGAGGAAACGGCGUAA